UCUGGUCCGGAGCUGGCUGCACCGGCCCCCCCGGCUAUCUCCCCCCCGCCGCCCGACGUAAAACGAUGUCGACGAAUGGCGGCGAGUGAGUCGGGGGUGGCGAAGCUCCGUGGUAUGGGCGUCGAGAACAAAGCAAGAUACGUCUCGCGGAGUUCACACGGCGGAGGAAAACGUUAUUCUCUUUGUGUAAGAAACGAAAACACGGGACUGAUGAAUAAGGAACAAAACUUCAACAGUUCAGCGGGACUUGCCAGCGAAACAGUAAUCAAAGAGGAAGCUAGGAAUGCGGGAAUUAAUACAAAACCGGAUGAAAUUAGUUUAUCCGAAUGCAGUACUCUACUUGUGUGUAAGCCACCACGACCAGUGAGAAAGAAUCGUCUUUUCAAAGUAAUGAAAAAUAUACUUUUUAGAUGCGACGUUUCUGAUACAGAACACUUGUUGGUUCACCGGCGGAGAAAUGUAACACGAUGCUCGUUAGUGAGGAAAACGGGCAAUGUGCUCCCGUUCAAACGAAAACGCUUAAAACGUUCUUCAGAUUCUCGUCCCGAGCUGGUGUAUACGUUUAUUGAGCAAGCGGUACAGCCUGGAGCGCAGGUGGCUUUAAAAUGCUCGGCAGUAGGCGAGCCUCCCCCAAGGUUCAAGUGGACAGUGGACGGUCAGGCGAUACCAUCACAUCACGGAGCGUCCAUAACUGAAGGCAGAGAAUCUGGGCCGUCUAGUUUAGGUCCCAGUAACAACUACGUGCUGUCCACUUUGUCUCUGAGCAGUGCCAGGGUUGAGCACGGCGGGAGAUACGAAUGCCGUGCCACCAAUAAUCACGGAAGUGUCGCUCACGCAGCAAGAUUGAAUGUUUACGGUCCCCCCUACAUCCGAGCUAUGAAUCCCGUGAAGGCCGUCGCCGGAACUGAAGUAACCAUUUGGUGUCCCUAUUACGGAUUCCCUAUAGAUUCAGUGAAAUGGGAGGGAGGCGCCGGCAUAGAUCCACGGUACCAGCAGUCAGAUGGCCAGUUGACGAUAACAAACGUUGAUUGGAAUAGAGAUAAAGGAAGCUGGGUUUGUUCAGUUCUUACUCCUGGUGGAGAGCUGGCUAAGCGGGAGGUACAAAUAACAGUGGUAUCGCCGCCGGUAUUAUCGCCAAUUGUGUUUCCGCCGGGACUUAGAUCGGGAGAUAGAGCUCAACUAACUUGCACGGUUACAUCUGGAGAUAUGCCCGUUUAUUUUUCCUGGUUAAAAGAUCAAAUCCCAAUUUCAAGUGCACUUCAGGUAGAUGAAAGAGGAGCAGAAUUUUUCAGUAUGCUCCUAUUCAAGAGUUUGACUGCUGCACACAGUGGUACUUACACUUGUGUAGUCACGAAUACAGCUGGAAAAGCUAAUGUCUCUGUGGAAUUAGCUAUCAAAGUUCCCCCGUAUUGGCAAAUUGAACCUUCAGAUGCUGCAGUGCUAUUAAAUGGAUCGCUGACCGUUAGUUGUGAAGCACGUGGCCAUCCUCCUCCAAAUAUAUACUGGACUAAAUUUUCGGGUAGUACCGAAACUUCAUUAGGUGGAGUAUCGGAUCCCGUCGUUUUGACAAAUGGAUCUUUGAGAUUAGAAUCAGCGCGAGCGGAACAUUCUGGAAAGUACCGUUGCAGGGCUGACAAUGGUGUCGCUCCGCCUUUAUCUAAAACUCUUAAUAUACAUGUUAAUGAACCAGCAAGAUUUGAAAUUCAAUCAAUCAACGUUACGGCGAAGCUUGGUGAGACAGUGAGGUUAGCAUGCGUAGCUCGUGGAGAUAGCCCCCUCUCUACGGCGUGGAGUCAUUCUGGAAGAGCUCUGCCGAACUCAGAUUACAGAAUGAGUAUUUCAGAAACAAGGAGCACUGAGGGAUUGAGAAGUGAAUUAGUCAUAGAGAGAGCUGAUCGUAGAGAUUCUGGAGUGUAUCGAUGCCAAGCUUCUAAUCCUUUCGGUAGAUCGGACCAUUUUGUGCAUCUUGCCGUUCAAGAACCACCAGAACCGCCAUCUAAUUUUCGAGUUUUGGAUACAACUUCACGCUCUGUUCGGUUGCAAUGGAGAAGACCGUACGAUGGAAAUUCUCCAGUUUUGGGCUACGUCGUUCAGUAUAGAAAACAUGAUUCCACAAGUUCGGAUCUGUGGAGAGAUGCCGAGACCCAUAAUGUUACAGUAUCUGUGCAAAGCGGUAAUUCCUACUCUGAGACCGAAAGCGCGACGAUAAAUGGGUUGGAACCAGCUACACCUUAUUUGGUUAGAGCGCGUACUGUUACAGCGCAGUUUGCUUCAGCACAUACGCGCGCCUUACUUGCAUUGACUUUACAUGAGCCUCCAUCACGGACUCCGAUUAAUUUGCGUGCGUCUACUCCUAGACCUUCUACUAUUGAAUUAAGUUGGCAGGCGCCACCUGCUUCUUCGUGGAAUGGAGAAUUAUUAGGAUACACCGUGUGGUGGUGGGCAUCAGCUGAUGGCUCAUUAUCAGGUGGUGCUGUGGGCAUGGAGUUUGCCACUGUUCGAGGACAGGUUACAAAAUAUAUUAUAGAGGGUCUUGAGCACUAUACACGGUAUUCUGUUAGUGUACGAGCUUUUAAUAGCGCUGGAGCCGGUCCAGCAUCGGCGCCAGUUAAUACUCUAACGCAAGAAAACGUACCAUCCGAAGGUCCCCGUGGCGUCAGAUGUCGUGCAGUUUCACCACAAAGUUUGAAAGUUGAAUGGUCCCCUCCUCCUGCCCAUUCACACAAUGGUGGUUUGAUCGGCUAUAAAUUAAUUUAUCGGCCAGAGCAUACGGCAGAGUGGCUUGAGUGGGAGGUGCGUGCUGGUGGGGGCUCGAACGCAGGACCGGGAGCUGAAGUCAAAAGGGUAUCUGCUGUUGAAACCCUGCUAUUGGCUUUGAGACCUCACACAAAUUACACUAUUCAAGCAUUAGCUUAUACUAAUGUUGGAGACGGUGUUCCCGCUCACCCAGUUCAUUGUAGUACCCAACAAGAUACUCCUGGACCACCCGCAGCUGUAAAAGUUGUACCCACUUCAGUAACGUCAUUAGCCAUUAGUUGGUUACCACCUAAUCGCCCUAGCGGUCCUAUACUUUACUACACAGUGUUUUAUAGGGAGCUUGGCAGGGACAGACCCCCGCAAACUACAACUGUCCAAACGGACGAUAGCGAGUUUAUGGUCGGAUUAGGAGGAUCGACAGAACUAAGAGCUUUAGCCGAAGGAGCUACCUAUGAGGCUUGGGUGGCAGCUCAUUCUGUAGUAGGAGAAGGAGAGCCGUCUGCUCCGCAACCUGCAACAACGACUUCUAGAGCGGGAGCUAGAUUGCUGUCGUUCGGAGUGUGGGUUCGAGUACAGUGUGGUCAUCCAUUGAGGUUAGCAUGUGCUUGGCGCGGGGAACCGGCUCCAAGAGCGCGAUGGUUACGAGGGGACAGGCCGGUCACACAUGACCCGAGGGCUACACUCACUCCUCAUGGACAUCUAGCAAUACAUGAAGUGGAUGCUUCUACGAGCGGUAACUACACUUGCUCAGCUCGUAACACGUUCGGUUCUGAAGAGGUGACGUAUCGCGUUGAAUGUGCCAGUCCGCCACUACCUCCUACGCUCACAUUGAACUACGUGGCGCAUAAAGAGGCCAAGCUCUCCUUGAAAACAACACAUCAUCCAUCGGCACCUCCUCACGGUUUCACGAUCUGGUGGUUACGUGUGAGAGACGAUUUGAACGACGGAACAGAACAGACUAAUACACGAGGCGAAGAAGAAAGAAGAUUAGAAACUGGCGGUGAAGUUGUUAGUGUGGUGCUAAGGGCGUUAUCUUGUGGUGCUGUGUAUUCAGUCCGAGCUGUGGCCCAUUCUAGGGCGGGACCCUCAUCGUUUUCAGCACCGCUGUUGGUGCGAACUAAACCACCAGUUUUAGUUUGGGAAGGAGGAGGGGAGCUUGACAAUCCAGAGGAACUUGCUGAAGCAGCUGUUUGGAGUAAUAGCAGCGCGUUAGCUGUAGAUGCUCGUAGGGCUGUACGGUGCGGGGCUCGUCUAGUGAGGCUGCAGUGGAGGAGGGCUGAUGCUGCAGGCUCAGCUGCUUGGAGAGACGCUGAUCUCACCUCAUUGCACCACCACAGGGAGGUGGUGAUCGGUGACCUCACCGCCGGAGCCUGGUAUGGACUGCGUUUGUGGACGGCCACUGAAUCUGCCAGACACCAAGCUACAAUAUAUGCGGCUACUACUACGCAUUCUGGAGAGCGUCUACGUCGUCCCGUGGCAUUUCUCUCGGAAGGACCUCAGGUGACCACCGCCGGCUCCAACGCGGACACUGAGAGAGUUCUUGGAGCUGUGUCGUUAGCGUUUGCCGCACUCGCCGCGCUUGCUGUCACAGCCCUAUUACUUGUCCUCGUCGCGAAACGAAGCAUGUUGUGGCCUUGCGCUGGUCAAACCGAGGAAGAAGUCCGACGCUGCAACCACUCAGUAGGCAGCACCGACAAAUCGGUCUGCCCAGAACAGCAAAACAUACGGAAUUGUCAGCACGAUUACAAACACGACAAACUAUCGCCAGCGUCUGACGUAUACGAGAUAAGUCCGUAUGCGACGUUUGCUGUGGGUGGCGAGGCCGCGACCGCGACCCUGGACCACACGUUGCAGUUCCGCACGUUCGGGCAUCGCGACAACGAUGCUCCCCCCCACAGACCGUGCAGAAAGCAUCCUCAAAGACAUCGAGAUAGACCUGAAGUUGAGAAGCAUCAUUCAGAUUGCGAAUUGCAACAGUUGAGUCGAUACGAGAAAGUUAGACCGCGGCACUGCGCUGGUACAUCUUACUGUGUACCACUUUCCCAUCACGGUGGGGGCAGCGGCGGUGGUGGUGGCAGCGGUGGUGGGUUUUCGGAAGUGUACGCGGGUGAUUCCAGCGUGGAGUCGGGGCCGGGGUCACUCUCACCUCGCACGCACCUCGAGCACAGCUAGCGCCA